AUGCCAAUAGCUUGGCUAGAAGCUGACGCAGCAGCGGUCUUGCACGGGAUUCUGCGCAGUGGCCGCAAUGGCGGCAAGUGCGCCGAUGGCGUGAAUGGCAGCGCCACCCUCGGCGCGGCCGCCGCGGCGCUCGUGCGGGCCGACCUGAUGGGAUGGCAGUCGCAGUAUCAGCAGCAACAGGAGCAGCGGCAGGAGGAGCAGCAGCAGGAGCGGCGGCAGGAGCAGCCACAGGGCAACCACAUGCAAGCAGACGACAGGGAUGACGAGGGAGAGGAAGAAGACGACCUGGCGCCGGCCGCCUGGCGGCCGCCCCCGCCGCUGGCAGGCAGCGGCGCCGCCGGCAGCGGCAGCGCCGCCGACGGGGACGAGGAUGGGCACAGCCCUGGCGCAGGCGGGGCGCUGAUGGCGGCCGUGGCUGCGGGCGCGCCCGCGCCGCCUGGAUGGCUGACUUGGGCGGUGGACACGCGCAUCACUAAGACCGCCGUGAACCUCGGUGUGAAGAUCCCACGGGCCAUGCUUGAGUCAUGGUGGCCGGGCAGCGUGUUUGCGCUGCCGGUGCGGCUUUCGGUGCGGCUGGUUGCGGAUGGGCGCCCGUACGGCGAUGUGACGCCCGUCAACCUGCGCGCCGACCGCCGCUGGUCAAUGGGCCGCCAGCUCAAGUCGUUCCUAGGCGCCCGCAUCGUCCGCUAUGCGCGCCUCGCCACCGACCCCUCAAGCCUUGAAGUCCACAUCUCCACCGGCCACGACGCCGUCGCGGCCGCCGCAGCUGCCGCGGCCGCAGCGGCUGGCGCAGCCUCGGGCGCGCCGCGCGGGUGGCAGGCGUGGGGGAUCGGGCACGGCGUCAGCGGGGGGUGUGCAGCGGGCAGGGAUGACGACGACGAGGACGAUGAUGCCACCCAGGACCAGGCAAUGCAGGCGGAGCAUGGGGAGGAGUCCGAGCAGCUCGCGCUGGGGGCUGGGGCUGCAGUCGGCGCCGCCGCCGGGCCGGCGGCACACGCGCUGGCGCAGGCGCACCACGCCACGCACGUGAUGGCGGCGGCGGCGGCUCUGCUGCAGGACCAAGGAUCUGGGGCGCCGCCGCAGCUGCUGCACCAGCAGCAGCAGCAACAGCAGCAGGAGCAGCAGGAGCAGCAGCAGCACGAGGAGCAGCACGCGCCGCCAGUGGCGGCGGCGGCGGCGGACGACAUUGUCAGGGAGUUUUCAGGGACUGCGCCGCACUUUGCGCACCCGCAGGCGCAGCAGCUGCUCCAGCGGCCCUCAAACGGCGCCGACGACGGCGCGGGGGUGGAGUCGGCGGCGGCCAUCUUCUUGGCGGCCGUCAACGCGGCAAACUUGGCCGCGGCGAUCGAUGACGCGCGCGCCGCCGCGGCCGCGGGGCUGGGCUCAGGCGCGGCCGCGGCCGCGGCGCCCCAUCCGCCGCCGGCCGCAGGGGCGCCACUCGCCAGCUUGGCCGCCGCGGCCGACGCGGCCUGCCGCCAGCCGCUGGCCGCGAUCCGCGGCGGCGGCGGCAGCGGCAGCGGCAACGAGCGCCGCCGCGGCGGCGGCGGGGCUCGCGCAGCAGCUGCCGCGGCUGCCACCGCAGCGACGGCGGCGCCUGAGGACGGCCAGGCGGUCGCCGCGCGGCUGCGGGCGUUGCAGUUGCCGAGCAUCGCGCCGCCGCAUGUCGUGGACAAUGUGUUUGCCGUGUCCGGGGUUGUGGCCGCGGCGCGCGAGGCCUACCAAUCUGUCUAUCAGAUCGCCUUGGCCCUCGGCCUGCCCCCGCGCCGCCGCGUCGCGGCGUGCGCCGCGGCAAAGGCCGCGACGCGCGACGCUUUCGGGUGCGCGGCGUUCGUCAACGGCGACUUUUGGCUGCUGCGCGCUGCCUGCGGGCGCGGGGAUGUGGACGAGGUGCGGGCGUGGAUGGAGCAGCACGAGGGGGCUGCUGGUGCCGGCGGCGGCGGCGGCGGCGGCGACGGCGUGUGA